UAGAAAUACUUGUUCUCUUCAUCCCUAAGAAGGUUUCAACACGAUUUGUAAAGCAUAGGGGAUAAUUUAACACUAUUUGUGAAACAUAGAGAGUAUGUGUCAUGAAGCUUUCAGUAGGCUUUUUUCCAAGAAGGAGAUGCGAAUCCUAAUGGUUGGUCUUGAUGCUGCUGGUAAGACCACCAUUCUCUACAAGGUCAAGCUUGGUGAGAUCGUCACAACAAUUUCAAACAUUGGUUUCAAUGUGGAGAACAUCAGCUUCACCGUUUGGGAUGUUGGGGUCUGGACAAGGCUGGGAAACCAUCACUCUCGAGGUCCAGAGCAGCAGCACACCAUCAACAAUAUCAAGGCCAUGAUAUUGUAUUUGCCUGUUAAAAUAUGUAAAGAUUUCUUUUCCGCAAAUUCUGGAAUUAGUCAUUUACCUCCGUCGUCCUUAGCUUCAUUCGGUUGAGAUUUAUCCGAGGUAACCUAUCUGCUUCUCUUCUCAAAAAAAAUUCUUCAUGUUGUACUGUAGUUGAC